AUGCAUAAUCCCUACAUGUUUACUUUUGAAUUAUCUUGUCAGCUUGAACCACAGAAUCAGUCUGGCGUAGGCUUCAUGAACACACACAAUAUGUUCCUCCACAAUCAAACUCAAAAAAGAUCGCACGAGAGUCCAAUGGACUUUGAGUGGCAGACUCAUGCUCCGACCGACCCGAAAUCGCCCUUUCCCCAGUCUAAGGCUGGGCAUAAAGGUUUCGACUUUAAGUCCAACAACUCCUUUAUUAACCCAUCAGCUCCUCCGAUACCCAAAUUUAGGAACCCUUCUUUUACAACUCCUCGAAAAACUUUUGAACCAGAAUUACACUCAGAGACUUCUGGUAUCGAAUCCUCACCAGGAGAGCAGGGUGACCUGGAUGAUACUCCUGAGCAACAGAAAUUUUCUUCAAACUUACCAGCUUUCAAGAGUACUGGGACUAUCAAACAACCGAUUUUUGGGAAAUAUGGGACAGAAUUCUUAGGAACAAGUCCCAGUCGGGUAGAGCAAAGAAGAGGGAAGUUUGGCAACACGAUUAUUCAGAAAAUGCGCAAAAGAAAACGCAUGGAACGAGACUAUUCCUUACUUCGCGUAUCUGAAUCGGAUUCUGAAGGGGAUUUCAAGCCAAAGAAAAAAGAUAAGAAUCCUAAGGUUCAUGCGCCAUUUCUACAACCAGGGUUAAUCGCUUCUUUUUUUAGUUAUAUUGAAUCUCACCCAAACCUUCCCAAUGUACUAUCAUUCUAUGCUCAGCUCAUCGUUAAUGUAGUAAUUGCGGGACUCAUGAUAUUUGGGAUGUACACUUUUUGGACUACUGUGCGAUCUGACGUUGACAAAGCUUCAGAACAUGAACGGUCUCUCGCACUGGCGGAGAUAUCAAAAUGUGCUCAGGAUUUUGUGAUAAAUGGCUGCAGUAGUAAGAACAGAGCACCUGUUAUGGAAGUACCUUGUAACGAAUUUGAACUGUGUAUGAAUCGAAAUCCAAAUAGUGUUGGCAGAGCUCGUAUAAGCGCACACACGUUCGCCCAAAUUUUUAACAGCUUCAUAGAGCCAAUAAGCUACAAAGCCAUGAUUUUUAUCGUCCUCAUCAUUACUGCCACCGUCUUAGUGAAUAAUAUCGCUUUCGGACUAUAUCGUUCGAAAUCUCACAACCAAUCUUCCUUUCAAUCAAACUCAUUCGCUCCACAGCCCCACCUUUAUUCUGAUCCUAGUACUCAAGGAUUUCAGCAAUGGAUGCAUCAAACACCCGGGCAAAAGCUAGGUUAUGAUAUCUACAGUGGCCAAGCAUACAAAAGCAUGGAAACAAGUCAUAUUCCAUCAAGACAAAGAAGUGCUAGUCGUGGGAGAUCAGAACGAGUUCACAGUAGAAGCCCGAGUAAAAGAGAUAGAGAACGAGGCAGGAGCUCCAAGGAGAGAGAAAUGGAACUGUACCAACCUGUCAACGAUGAAUAA